UCUCGGCGCGUAAUUUUUCGCGCGCGGAAUCGAUCCGCAAGGCGCCGCGAGCGCUCCGCGGCCUGGCCCGGGUCAACAUCGCGGAGACGGCGCUAGGCGAGGCGCUGGAUCCGUGGCGUUAGUGAGGGCGUUAGUUCGUAGCGGAGCGUUAGUUCGUAGCGAUAGUGAGGGUGUUAGUGGGGGUGUUAGUUCGUAGCGGUAGUGGGGGCGUUAGUUCGUAGUGAUAGUGGGGGCGUUAGUUCGUAGCGUUAGUUCGUAGUGAUAGUGACGGUGUUAGUGGGGGUGUUAGUUCGUAGCGGUAGUGGGGGCGUUAGUUCGUAGUGAUAGUGGGGGCGUUAGUUCGUAGUGAUAGUGGGGGCGUUAGUUCGUAGCGUUAGUUCGUAGUGAUAGUGGGGGCGUUAGUUCGUAGUGAUAGUGGGGGCGUUAGUUCGUAGUGAUAGUGGGGGCGUUAGUUCGUAGUGAUAGUGAGGGUGUUAGUUCGUAGUGAUAGUGGGGGCGUUAGUUCGUAGCGAUAGUGAGGGCGUUAGUUCGUAGUGAUAGUGAGGGCGUUAGUUCGUAGUAAUAGUGGGGGCGUUAGUUCGUAGUGAUAGUGAGGGGGUUAGUUCGUAGUGAUGGUGGGGGCGUUAGUUCGUAGUGAUAGUGGGGGCGUUAGUUCGUAGUGAUAGUGGGGGCGUUAGUUCGUAGUGAUAGUGGGGGCGUUAGUUCGUAGUGAUAGUGGGGGCGUUAGUUCAUAGCGUUAGUGAGGGCGUUAGUUCGUAGUGAUAGUGGGGGCUUUAGUUCGUAGCCUUAGUGGGGGCGUUAGUUCGUAGUGAUAGUGGGGGUGUUAGUUCGUAGCGAUAGUGGGGGCGUUAGUUCGUAGCCGCUAGUCUCGGCGCUUCGUGUUCAGGAGAAACCCGCGGCCCGGCGGACGAAGCGACUCGAGGUAACGUCAGUAUCAUGGAGACUGCGGUUGAGACCGUAGCGAGUGAACUGUCGUGCAUGAACACUGGACAUGACGAUGGUGAACAGGCUCAACAACCCCAAGAGAACGUUGGCGAGAGUGAAAAAGCAGCGGGUGACAGUGAUUGGUGGAUGGGCAGCAGUGAUGAUGAGGAAAUUAAGCCUGGGUGCCCAGACUGGAUGCCCAGCCCAGAACAGAUUCGUACUCUGUUUGAGUGUAUCGCUAAGGAAGGUUCACUUCCACUAAAAAUGACACAUUUGCCUCGGCGACCGCCAACCCCGGAACCCCAAUGUCCGGAUGAACCGGAAGAAGAAGGCCGAACAGAGCAGCCUGAUGGGCAAAAGAGUGAAACACUGGACGGAAAGUGUGACACCCCAUCAGAAUUUGAUUUUAACGAGGAACUGACUCCAAAGAAAACCAACGACAAGAAGCUAUUCAGUCCACGUAGGACUCCAGGAAGCGGAGGGCGGAUACCGAAGCGCGAGGCUCGUCUGGACAAGGUGCUGUCCGACAUGCUGCGCCACAAGCGGAUGGACCAGCAGCUUCAGCAGAGAUCCAGCCAGCACGGCGCUCCCGAACGCGACGCACAAACACCCACCACCAAGAGAAGCGCUUCGUAAUUAUAGGACAAAAAAAGUUUAAAACGAGUUUGUUUUUUUUGUAUUGUACAAUGUUUUUCUUACUCUUUUUGAUUCGAUUGAAAUAAAAUUUAUUUUAUUACCGGUGUCUUGAUUUUUAUUUGUAUCUAAAUCAGUUUAUAUACCUCAUUUGCAGCACUGAUAUUAGUCGUUGCAAAUGUUUCAAUUGACACAUUUAUGGUUCACACGCCGCCGAGCGCGAGACUCAGACGUUCUGCAGCCCUGAGUCACCAGAGCACAGGACUUGUGCUUGAACCAAACGUAACGAUUUCCCCGCAAUUCGGGAAGGGUGGCACCCUACGAAGUGGUCAUUCCCCGGGCCCAAUCCCGGCACGAUUUUCCUGGUGGAAUGGGGGUGGAGGGCCUAUAAAUAGCGAAAUUGAUGACCGUGGCGACCUUGUGAAUCCAUGCGUGUCUGUCAACCAGCCUGUCUGCAUGGGCCUCAUCUCUUGAUAUGGGAGUCGGCACCACUCGGAGCCGUGUGUUAUAUCUCUCGUACCAUUUCAUUGGCACUGCUUGUGCUAAUAUUUGAAAACGGUUGUCAAAGCACAGGUCCAAAAUGUGCAACAGGUGGCAUUCAAAUAUUGUAAUACACCGAAGCCUUGAACAUCGCAGGGGGUUACGUUCUUGACAAUAGCUGCAAUCGGCAAGUCCGCGAAUCGUAAACUGAGAAGGGAAAUGGGAAAACGAGGGUUUCGUUCACGGUUUCGUCAUAUAUGUUACACCUACAUCAACCCCUGGGUCACCAUCGUCUCUGCACUGCGUCUCCCGCCCGUGCAGUUCUCGCAAGCGAUUCGACUCCGCGGCGCAAACCGUGGAAUCGAUUCGGGGGGGGUCACGCCGGUCACGUGACGAGAGAAACGCGCGGGAAACGGCGCAGAGCGGGAAUUUGUGUACGAUCACUCCGCGGUCUCUGUUGUCACACAUCGCCUCCCUCUUGUUCUCUUCCACAGUCUCUGUUGUCUCCACAUCGCCUCUCUCUCCCUCUUGUUCUCUUCCACAGUCUUUGUUGUCUCCACAUCGCUUCUCUCUCUGGAGGCUCCCUCUUGUUCUCUUCAACAGUCUCUUGUCACCACAUCGCUUCUCUCUCACCCUCUUGUUCUCUUCUACAGUCUCUGUUGUCACCACAUCGCCUCUCUCUCUCUGAAGGCUCCCUCUUGUUCUCUUCCACAGUCUCUGUUGUCUCCACAUCGCUUCUCUCUCUCUGGAGGCUCCCUCUUGUUCUCUUUCACCGUCUCUGUUGUCUCCACAUCGCUUCUCUCUCUCCCUCUUGUUCUCUUCCACAGUCUCUCUCCGCACGGUCCCUCCGCCGUAACGCGGCAGGCGGAGUGGUGGUGGUGAAGUGGCGCUACUGCUGCUGCGAGGGGGCUGCAGACUCGCUGAGUGUCAAGCAGAUGAGUGACAGCAAGGGCCGGGCGCGCUGGGCCCAGCUGCAAGAGCGCGUGUCACUACGGGCGCGUAUCUUCAGCAAGCUGCCCCUCGCCACCGCCCCUUACCGGCCCCGCCUGUCAACGCCAGACCAACCCCCGCACAUGUGGCGCCUCUUCCACCGACAAGCGGACGCGCUGCAGUUGGCGCGCAGCGCCGCCCCAGCUCAGGAGGUACACACGUUCGCAUUUGAGCGUCCUAACCAAGCGCCCACAGGUACAAGAGCCUUCCUGGUCACAUCCUACUCCGAGUUUUGGCAUUACUAUCAUGUGUACUGCAGUGGAAGGGCAUCACACCAGGCGCAUUACUACGAGGUGAUCCCAGAGGGCAGCACGUGUCACUUGUAUUUUGAUGUGGAGUUCUCACGGGAGAGCAACCCUGACCUGGAUGGGGGUAGCUUAACAGCCACUCUCAUUAAGUAUGUCUGUGCAUGUAUUCAAGCGUGCUACGGGCUGGCUUGCACGACGGGAGAUGUGCUUUCUCUGGACUCAAGCUCAGCCAGCAAGUUCAGCCGGCACUUGCUGUUCCACAUCCCUGGUGCAGCUUUUCAGGACAACCUGCAAGCCGGAAACUUUGUCCGAAAAAUAUUCAAGCCGCUUGCUGAGAAAAUUUGCAACAUUAAACUGCAAGGUGUCCCAGAAGCCCAUUCUGUGUGUCCGACUGAAAGUCCAGCAGUGCCACAUAUUGCAGAAUCCACAUUAUCCCAGAUGCUUCAGGGAGAGUUUAAGAUCAAAGAACCAUUGGAUAUCCUAGAAUCUCACAAAACACUGUGGGAUGAUGCCGACUCUAAUGAUUCAUGGAUUGAGAACUGGAAGAGGGAGUUCGACCUAGAGUCUUCACGCUGUGGUUCUGAAAAUGAUCAGGAGUCGAAAAGCAAUGGAGAGUGCACAGGAACCCUGCAUGAUCACACAAACACACAGUUCACCAAGGCAGGAGAGAUGACCCUGGACUGUUCUGAAACAUGGUAUUACCCUCAAGAUCAGGGGACAUCAGGACCUGAGAAAAGGUCACUGUGGGAUAUCUUGGAUUACAGAGCAACCUGGCAACAUUUUCUGGAGGCUUUGAUUGUGAAGGACAAAACCGGACAACUCACCCUGGCUGUUGACCUAGGUGUAUACACCAAGAACAGGAACUUCCGAUUGUAUGGCUCAUCAAAGGCAGGAGUGCUUGUCCCACUGCGACUGGCUCCAGAUGACAGUUAUGUAGCUCAAAGACUCCCUGCAUGGGGGAUCCACAGAGCCAGAGAGACAAUGCCGUCCACAGGGACAACCAGAGCUUCCGAAAGGCCUGCCUGCUCCUCAGAGGCCAAGAAACACGUGAGGCUGCAGGAGAAGAUUUUUUUGGCUUCACUUAUCACCAAUGUAGAACGAGCCCCAGGCCUUCGCUUACUGAGCUGCCUCGGCUCUCCCAUGGACACUCACAGGACAAACACCUUCGCUGCAAACAAUGCUCACGGUGACGCGAAACUGGUUACUGGAUACCAGGCGUCUCCAUUCCCAGAAAUUGAUGCGUACAUACGGUCACAGCUCAACAAGGGAGGAGUCCAAGGAGAUAUACGUUGCUGGAAGUUUUAUGAAGGCACCGGACUGCUUGUUUACGAGGCAACCAAGAACCGGUGGUGUGAGAAUGUGGGACGAGCUCACCGCAGCAAUAACACCUGCUACUUUGUGGACCUACAUCAGGGGAUUUUCUACCAGAAGUGCCACGACCAGGAAUGCAAAGCAAUACAUUUCCGCUCUCAAAGUUUGUGUAUUGUUUUCAGACUAUCCUCUUCCUCAAGAGUGCCUCCCCAAAUUAAUUCUCUCUCGAAGCGAUAGGUUUGACAAUUUUCCUGGAGAAGCUGGAGAUAAAGAUGUUGUUGGAGAAGGCAACACACAGAACCAGACAGACACAGCGACAACCACCGUGGAAGACACCCACGUGGGAAUGUCGACAUGAUGACGUACAGCGUUUGUGUGAUGUACAUACAGUAGACUCGAUUUUCCGCGCUAAUGACAGGGAUGGCUCCGGAUAAUCCAAAAAUAUCUAUUUUCUGUGGAUCUCUAUGCCCAAAAACACUAUAGGCAUAAAUUAUGUUUAAGUGGCAGUUUCAUGGAUUAAAACUAAAAAAAUUAUUGAUCGGAUAGAUCACUCAAAAUGAGACAACUGACGAUUUUGAUUGUUACUCUUUCGAUUUGGAACGAAAACUAACGAUCAAUGCGGGUGCUCCGUGGAUAACUCUCUCCUGCUCCCGCGCAGAAGAGUUAUCUCAAUCUAGAUUGGACUGCAGGGAUUCAUACUCUUUGGUUCUUUCGGUAAAGUCACGUGUGUAUACAAAAUAAAAUAAAUUUAUUUAAAUAAAAUAAAUUUACUUUAUUUUAAAAAGAACCAACGAGUAAGAGUUAGUUCACCAAGUGGGUAGCAGGACCACACCAAUCAAAAUCAAACUCUUCCCACUGUCGUAAAGGUAUGCUACUGUACUGUAGGUGUUCACGUGGAUUUCGGAUUAACCAGAGCACAUAUUUGUUCGGUUUAAGCACGUGACUUGUAGUAAACAUUUCCAAGAAUAACAAUGUAUAACUGUGUUUAGAUUAUUAAUUUGGGUUUGAGGGAAAAUCCAUGAGUUGUUAAUUUGUCAAAUUCUAAGGUGCGUGGUUAAACCGCAAAUUGGAUAAACCACACACAGUCGACUGUAAUGCUUGUGUGAUUUGUACCUGAUGUUCCAUAUUUAGUGAAUAAACAGGUUGCAAUAAUGUCUUAAAAUAUUAAUAAGCUGAAUUCGCAGUUGAAUUUACUGUUUGAACAUGUUUACGCAUCUGUCCGCUAUACAUUUACAUGUAUUGUUUUAUUCAAAUUAUGAUUUUGGUUUAAGUUUUACAGUAUUAAAUCAUUAAAUUUUUUAUUAAAGCA